GCUCGCGUCGCCGCGCGACGCCUCCGCCGCCGCCAGUCGGGCUCCAACCCACCUCCUGGCAGGUCACUCGUGCUCUGUCUGCGGCCGACUCCCCUCAUCCUCAAGAGCAGGUUUAGGAAGAAAAGUCACGUGAUCAAACAUGGCGGACGAUGAGAGAAAGCGUCUCGAGGAGGCAAAGAAAGCCAAACAGGCUGAAAUCGACCGCAAGCGCGCAGAAGUGCGCAAGCGGCUCGAGGAGGCAUCUAAAGCCAAGAAGGCUAAGAAAGGUUUCAUGACUCCAGAGAGGAAGAAGAAACUGAGGUUACUGCUGAGAAAGAAAGCAGCUGAAGAACUGAAGAAAGAACAAGAAAGGAAAGCAGCUGAGAGGAGGAGAAUCAUUGAGGAGCGGUGUGGCAAACCAAAGAAUGUUGAUGAAGCCAAUGAAGCAACCCUGAAAUCCAUCAUCAACACUUACCACAAACGCAUCGUGAACUUAGAAGGAGAGAAAUUAGACCUCGAGUACGAAGUGGCAAAAAAGGACUUAGAGAUUUCCGAUCUGAACAGCCAAGUAAAUGAUCUCCGAGGAAAAUUCAUGAAGCCAACACUCAAGAAGGUGUCUAAAUAUGAAAACAAGUUUGCCAAGCUGCAGAAGAAGGCUGCAGAAUUCAACUUCAGAAACCAGCUCAAAGUUGUCAAAAAGAAAGAAUUCACCCUUGAGGAAGAGGACAAGGAGAAAAAACCAGAUUGGUCCAAAAAGGGAGACAAGGGUGAGACUGUACCACAGACUCCAGUGUCCACAGAGGCACCGCCACUUCCAGAUGUGGCGGCAGGAGAAGGAGCACCUCCAGCAGAGGGACAGGCUCCUCCUGCUGAGGGCGGAGCUCCUCCAGCAGAGGCUGCUGCACCACCAGCUCCAGCAGAGGCUGCUGCACCACCAGCUCCAGCCGAAGGUCAGCCUCCAGCCGAAAGUACAGCUGCUGCCGGCGAGCAGCCACCUGCAGGCACCGCUCCCACAGAGGGCGAACAGGCUCCCACUGUGGAUACCCCCGCACCUCCCGCAGAUACCCCCGCUCCUGCCACUGAUACCCCCGCCCCUGCCGCCGAUACCCCAGCUCCUGCCGCAGAUGCCCCUGCCGGGGAUACCCCAGCUCCCGCAGCUGUGCCUGCCACCGCAGAAGGUGCCGAAGUCCCUGCUGCUGCGCCUGCUGGAGCAGAGGGUGUUGCACCUCCGGCUCCUCCUCCUGCAGAGGGUGCACCGGCACCUGCUGCAGAUACCCCUGCUCCUGCUGCGGAUACCCCUGCGCCUGCUGCAGAUACCCCUGCGCCUGCUGCAGAUACCCCUGCUCCUGCUACAGAUACCCCUGUUCCUGAAGCUGCUCCAGCUCCAACUGCAGAAGUUCCAGCUCCAGCUCCGGCUCCAGAAGUUCCAGCAUGAGCAACUUUAUCAUCAAAUGUGAUCUCUUCAAAAGAGAGCAAGACACUGAAACAGUCGCAGUUAAUGACUACUACUCCUGCAUAUAUACAUGCAACACAAAUAAAUUUCCUUUGGUUGUAUAUUUAUACUAGAAUGUAUGUAAUUUGUAUGUUUAGGAGUACAAUCAGAACACUAACAGUACAAUGUAACAUUUAAAACAGAAAGAAUGAAAACUGAUUUUUUUUUAAUUGUCAGUAAUAACAAUGUUGUAAGAACUGAGUUUAUAUAAUUUAUUAUAUCAAUUCUGAUUUUAUGAUGUUUGUUACUUGAGCCUUAAACUGUUUUUUUCCAUGUGGCUACAACAUGUAUUUUGUCUGUUGGUAAAUAAAAUUAUUCACAAGUGAUCUACAAUAAA